UAACUUGGUGGCUUGAAUCUGAAGCCCUGGAGCGUUCAGGCUGACCAUGGCGUCUUGAAAGGGCAAAAUUGGAAUUUGAUUUAUACAUUUCUUAGCUCUGGGUACAAACCCUAGACCCCCAUGCCUGAGCAUAAAAGGGCGAAACUCUCCCUCCGGACUUCGUUCAGCCGGCUUGCGUAGCGGGAGGAUUCUUCGGAGUCGUUACCCGAACCCCAGCUGCAACCAUGGUGAACGUUCCAAAGACAAAGAAGACUUACUGCAAGAGCAAAGAAUGCAGGAAGCACACCCUUCACAAGGUGACACAGUAUAAGAAGGGUAAAGAUAGUCUUUCUGCUCAAGGGAAGCGUCGUUACGACAGAAAGCAGUCAGGUUAUGGUGGACAGACAAAACCUGUUUUCCAUAAGAAGGCAAAGACCACGAAGAAAAUUGUGUUGAAGCUGCAGUGUCAGAGUUGCAAGCAUUAUUCGCAGCACCCAAUAAAGAGAUGCAAGCAUUUUGAGAUAGGUGGAGACAAGAAGGGAAAGGGGACAUCACUCUUCUAGUUUGCUUUUUAGCUGCCAUUUCAAUAGUUUGGUUGAAAUUUGAAAUGAGCUGUAGCAGCCUUUAUUUUUGAGGAAAUUUGGAUUUUAACAUGUGAGAAAAGUUUCAACAUUAAUUUUUUGGUGUCAAGAUUCAGAUAUUAAUUCUAUCCCAGAGUUUUCUUUUUAACCCUAGCUGCUAUCUUCAUCUUCCCAUAGUUUGGUCAGAGAAUGAAAUUACUAGGGGUGGGGGGGAAGCUGGAUUGGAUGUUAUCCGUUCAGAUCUGAAUCUCUUCAAAUCUGAACAAAAAUUUGAGAAUCUAAAUGGUAUCUGUAUUUGUAACUAUAUCUGUCAAACAAACAUAUGGAUAUAGAUA